AGGACCCUUAGACAACAACAUCGAAGAUGGCGGCACUGGUCGGUUCCCUCGUUGCGUACGGUAGUGAUUCAGAUUCAGAAAACGAGCCCGAGUCCAAAACAAAUAAAGAAGAAGUCGAUCCAGAUGCACUCGUACAUCUUCAGCCUUUGAAAUCUGGAAAACCUACAAGUUUAGCUCUUAAUUCUGCGCCCGAAGUCGCUGUAAAGGAAGAUGUUGAGACAGGAACACAUCUGGAUCCGUCUCUCAAGGAGAUCAGCUACAAUCCUACCUACGAAACCAUGUUUGCUCCUGAGUUUGGACCUGUUAAUCCUUUUAAAACUCAACAAAUGGCUGCACCCAGGAACAUGCUGUCAGGAUACGCCGAACCUGCCCAUGUCAACGAUUUUAUGUUUGAACAGCAACGGAGGACGUUUUCUACCUUUGGCUACGCCUUGGACCCCUCCGUAGAUACCAAUCAGAUUUCGUCAAACAGUUACGUGGGAGCAGUGGACGAGGCGGAGAAACACAAAGGGCAAACUGUUUUCGAAACGGGCCCCAAAAAGACGGAGAAGAGGAAGAAAGUAAAAGGAGGUGAUGCAUCAGAGAUCGAUAGCUUCUUGGGGCCCUGGGCUAAAUAUCAGGACGAAAAAGACGUCGCUAAACCCUCAGAGGAGGAACAGAAGGAGUUGGAUGAAAUCACAGCCAAGAGGCAGAAGAAAGGCAAGAAUGAGGAAGAGGCUCCUGCAGAGGAGAAGACCAUCCUGCAUGUUAAAGACGCAUACGAUUACCAGGGCCGUUCUUACCUGCACAUUCCUCAGGAUGUGGGUAUUAACCUGCGCUCAGCAGACAUCCCUGACAAAUGCUACCUGCCCAAAAAGCAGUUGCACGUCUGGACCGGACACACCAAGGGUGUCAGUGCUAUUCGUCUAUUUCCUGCAUCUGGCCACCUGCUGCUCUCCAGCUCUAUGGACUGUAAGAUUAAGUUAUGGGAGGUGUACGGCGACCGCAGAUGUUUACGGACAUUUAUCGGUCACAGUAAAGCCGUACGCGAUAUCUGCUUCAACAACUCCGGUACCCAGUUUCUCAGCGCCGCAUACGAUCGCUAUCUCAAACUGUGGGACACGGAGACCGGUCAGUGCAUCUCGAGGUUCACUAACAGAAAAGUGCCCUACUGCGUGAAGUUCAACCCAGACGAAGAAAAGCAAACCCUGUUUGUAGCUGGCAUGUCGGACAAGAAGAUUGUGCAGUGGGACAUUCGCUCCGGGGAGGUGGUUCAGGAAUACGACCGUCACCUGGGAGCCGUCAACACCAUCACGUUUGUGGACGAUAACCGUCGCUUCGUCAGUACGUCCGACGAUAAGAGCCUGCGUGUGUGGGAAUGGGAUAUUCCUGUGGACUUUAAAUACAUCGCAGAGCCCAGUAUGCAUUCGAUGCCUGCAGUGACCCUGUCCCCCAACGGGAAGUGGCUGGCUUGUCAGUCCAUGGAUAAUCAGAUCCUAAUCUUUGGGGCACAGAACCGAUUCAGGCUGAACAAGAAGAAGGUCUUUAAGGGUCACAUGGUAGCCGGAUACGCGUGUCAGGUGGACUUCUCUCCUGAUAUGAGUUACGUGGUGUCUGGUGAUGCCGAUGGGAAGCUGAAUAUCUGGGACUGGAAGACGACUAAACUGUACCACCGAAUCAAAGCACACGACAAAGUGUGUAUCAGCGCAAUCUGGCAUCCGCACGAGACCUCCAAGGUCAUCACCUGCGGCUGGGACGGACAGAUCAAACUCUGGGACUGAAAUGAAAAUACCGGGACGACAAUAUAUAUAUUUUUUAUUUUAUUAUUUUUUUUUUUGUUCAGCUGAUGUGAUCUUUAUUGCUUCUUCCAUCUUUGUGCUGAGGUUUGUUGUUAAUUCCGGGUUUGUGAUUUACAGUAUUUUGGAUUUGCUUUGAGUUUCGUAUCAAGUUCACGGACUGGUAUCCAGCCCUGAUUUGUCGGUUGCUUGUUUUCUUCCCCUCCCAUUUCAGAGAAGCGGCAGAUGAGGAGACUUUUAUGUGAUUCUUAUUCAUUUUAGCGUUACCGCUCGUGCUUGGGAACACUUUUACGUCAUGUCCAGAUUUUCCCUUCAGCUACACGGCGUCUCUUUCUGAACAUAAUAAAACAUUUUGUACCUAUUUUC